UGCGCAAGUCGCUAUGGUGACGGCGCUCGGCUUGACUGCGUGAUGGGUUGACAGGUUGCGCGCUGUUAGUGCUCUAGGCGAGCAUGUACUCCAAGAGUGUGCGGGUACCGUCGGAUAGUCAAGCCAGAGAAAAGCUAGCCCUCUAUGUUUAUGAAUAUCUGCUACAUGUUGGAGCUCAGAAAUCUGCACAGACCUUCCUCUCAGAGAUCCGAUGGGAGAAGAACAUCACGCUGGGAGAGCCACCUGGGUUCCUUCACUCCUGGUGGUGUGUUUUCUGGGAUCUCUACUGUGCAGCUCCUGAAAGGAGAGAAACGUGUGAACAUUCAAGUGAGGCCAAAGCCUUCCAUGACUAUAGUGCAGCCGCUGUGCCCAGCCCUGCAAGUGGGAACCUCCCUCCUGGAGAAGGAAUGCCAUUACCCCCUGGAUUCUUCCAGCAGUUCAUGUCCCCGCGUUGCCCUGGAGGCCCCAGAGCUCCACUCAGAAUGCCCAGUCAGGCGAUGGGCCCAGGCAACCAGCCACUCUUAAGUGGGAUGGAUCCCAUGAGGCAGCCAGGCCAUCUUCACAUGAAUGGGCCAAUGCAGAGAAUGAUGCCUCCAAGAGGAAUAGUUCCUAUUGGACCACAGAACUUGGCGGGUGGAAUGAGGCCUCCUGUACAUUCAUUAAUGGGACCAGCAAUGCCUGGCAUGGCUCCAGGAGGAGGGAGGUCUUGGAUAAAUCCUCCGAACUCCAACUCGAUUCCAUAUUCAUCAUCAUCUCCAGGAAGUUACACAGGGCCAACGGGAAGUGGAGGAGGUGCUCCAGGGACACCGGUCAUGCCGAGUCCUGCAGAGUCAACCAGUUCAGGGGACAACAUGUACAGUGUGAUGAAUUCAGUCCCAUCAAAUGGAAACAGGCCAAAUUUUCCUGUUGGUCCUUGUGUUGAUGGUGCAAUGGGAGGAGUUGCAGGAAUAGAAGCUCAUCCUCUGAAUGGCUCAUUAGCAUCAGGUGACAUUGACAGCCUCCCAAAGAGCUCCCCUGGGAACCUGAGUAUGAACACCCAGCCCAGUACACCGAGAGGGGAUGGAGAAAUGCCUAGCAGCUUCCUCAACCCCUUUCAGAACGAGAGUUACUCUCCCAACAUGACGAUGAGUGUGUGACACUGAAUGGAACAAAUAAGACACAAACGCACUUGGAUCAUUGAUGUUUCCCAUUGGAGCACUGAAGUGUAACAAACAUUUGCCCGAUCGAGCACAGCCAGUCUGGAACAAAACCAAAAGCAGGCUUUAGGCUUGUUUUUUUU